CAAGCCAAUCAUUGUGUUUUAGAUGUUCGUAAAUAAACAAACAAAUUCGAAAAAAGACACAUAAUUUUCUGAACAAAUUCUGAAAUCAAAGUUCUGUUCCAAAAAACAUUUUUUUAUAUAAUUGAUAGUUCGAAAAAGAACAUAAAGUACGAAAAAUUGGUGAAAAAAAAACAAUGGCAAAAGUAAAGACUUCAUCGCCGAAAAAGAGAGGUCGUGCAGCGAAUAAAACGGCGACGGGGGAUGAUGCAUCAACAACAGAGCAAACAAGCAAAUCGAAAGCAUCGAAAAAAAUUCCAUUGCAAACGAGAGCUGUCAAUAGCCACAACAAUGAUAUUGAUUCAGACAUUAGUAGUUCAGAAAAACCAACACGAAAAACAAAUAAGAGAGCCUCGUCGUCAUCGUCAACGAUUUCGAAAAUAAGCCAAAAAUCCAAAGCAACAAAUUCGAAAUGGCGUCCGACAAAGUUAAAAGACAUUGAUUGGUUGAAAGGACUGCUACAAAUGGACGUGACAUCAAAGUGGAAAAGACAGCAAUCACAAAUGGGCGUUGAGGUGCGUUACCCAAGUUCGUUGUCAUUGCGAAUAGAAGAUGGAAUACAGUACGUGACAUAUCCAUGGAACAAUGGAAAAUGUUCUGGAUAUGUGAAAGUCGUAAGGGAUUGCGAGAAAUUACCCAAAGUACCGACUUCGUCAAUGAAAUUAACAGUUCUAUUGGGCAAAAUCGAUCUAAUUACUGGAAAGGAUAGUACGCCGUACAAAGCGGGAACGGUCAUCUCGAUACCAAAAGGAGUGAAAUACGGACUUCGGAAUAAUUAUAAAGAUACGUGUUUUAUUCGAUUUCAAACAAUGGCUACGAAUGAAUAAAAUGCCAAUUUUAACAAAUAAACAGUUUUGAUAUUAAAAUAUAAAGUGAAGCAAACUGUUUUAAGUUGAUAAUGGUUCUUUUUUUAAUAUUCGCCCAUCAUGCAAUUGUCUUGUUGUGAUCUUGUUUGUGGCAAUAAAACCUGCUUGGCGAAAUGAUCUAAUAUAGAAAACAAAAUAACAA